UUCACUCUUUAAAUCUAGACUUUAAAGUAAAUAUCAAUUAUAUCUUAAGGCGUGAUCACAAUAAAAAUCUGAUUAUUUUGUUUAUGAAUUAUACAUAGUAUGAUGGAACGUAAAAGGCAAGAGAAACCAAAUUAUAAAACCCCAAGUAUGUUGCAAAAUAUGUAAUACAUAUACAAGAUCUGAGCAAGACUUGAUUUUAAGUUUUAUGAGGUUGAAAUCCACUUGAUUGUAAAAUUUAACCAUUCCUACAAACAAAGGAUAUAUUUAAAUAGACAACAAAGGCCAACUGAUUAGUUGCUUGCUUGUCUGAUAAGUUUUACAAAGACAGAAAUUCCAAAUGUUAAAGCAUACUAAAGAGCUUCCUUGUAAGUGUCCAAUAUGUGGAAAACAUUGUUCAAGAAAAGCAGUAAUGAAGAAUCACAUAUUGUUACACACGGGUGAGCGUCCCUUCAAAUGUUUAUUAUGUGAGAAAACCUUUGUCACUCAAGGUAAUGUAAAGAUUCAUUUGUUGGAACAUUCUAGGAAGUAUUCCUUUUACAAUUGCACCACCUGUGGAAAAUCCUUAUCAAAUAAAUACACCCUAAGGACACAUGCAUUGAUUCAUACAGGAGAAAGGCCAUAUAAGUGCAACACAUGUGGAAAAUCCUUUGCACAAAAAGGGACUUUGAAACUACAUGCAUUGAUACAUACAGGAGAGAGGCCAUAUAAGUGUACCACAUGUGGAAAAUCCUUUGCACAAAAAGGGUAUUUGAAACUACAUGCAUUGAGUCAUACAGGAGAAAGACCUCAUAAGUGCACUACCGGUACAUGUGGAAAAUUCUUUGCACACAAAGGGGAUUUAAAACGACAUGCAUUGAUUCAUACAGAAGAGAAACCAUAUAAGUGCAACAUGUGUGGAAAAUCCUUUAUACACAAAGGAAUUUUGAAUCGACAUGCACUUUUUCAUGCAGGAACCAAACCAUAUAAGUGUAACACGUGUGGAAAAUUUUUUGCACUCAAAGAACAAUUAAAUCGACAUGCAUUGAUUCAUACAGGAGAGAGACAUCAGUGCAACAUGUGUGGAAAAUCCUUUGCACAAAAAGGACAUUUGAAACGACAUGCAUUGAUUCAUACAGGGGAGAAACCAUAUAAUUGCACCAAAUGUGGAAAAUCCUUUGCACGCAAAGGAUAUUUGAAAGAACAUGCACUUCUUCAUACAGGAGAGAAAUUAUACAAGUGCACCACGUGUGGAAAAUCAUUUGCCACCAAAGGAAAUUUGGCAAAACAUGCAUUGAAUCAUACAGGAGAGAGGCCAUAUAAGUGUACCACGUGUGGAAAAUCCUUUGCACACAAAGGGGAUUUGAAACGACAUGCAUUGAUUCAUACAGAAGAGAAACCAUAUAAGUGCACCAAAUGUGGAAAAUCCUUUGCACGCAAAGGAUAUUUAAAAGAACAUGCACUUCUUCAUACAGGAGAGAAAUUAUAUAAGUGCACCACGUGUGAACUUACAAUAGACUAUCCAGACGUAAAGAAGAAGAGCUCAGUGUACUGCAAGACAACAAAUUGA